GUUUCUUUCGAUAACCCACUUUUCCCUUUUCGUUUUUUUCUUUUUGUUUUCUUAUUGCUCUGUUUCUCUCUGUGUGUGUCUCUUUGUGGGUUUCUUCUUGUGUUCUUCGCUACGCGUGUGUGGGUUUUUCUUGGGAGUAGAGGUAAAGGUAUUCGUUCAACUGUGAAUUUGAUUGUUUAAUGGAAAUGAAAUGGGUUAUUGAACUUCACGCUUGGAGGAGGAGGAAUUGAGGGGAAUGAUUAACUUACUGCUCUGUAUUUUUUUAUUGUUUGUUUCCUUUUUUGUCACGCAAAGACCUUCUUGACCAGAAAGUAUAUGAAGCGAGGAAUUCUUUGGAAUGUGGGCUUUUCUCUCUCCCUUGGAUGUUAUUUUAUUGUAUACCAAAAAAAACACCCCAUCUUUUGAGAGUCAGGUUUGUCUCUGGGAAUCGAAAGGCUCUCUUUAUCGAUACUGAGCAGCUCAGCUCAUCGUCUUUCCUUCCUACUCUAGAAAUGGGUUUUGGUGAGUGCUAUAAUAGGAAAUGGGGUUUUUUCUAUUUGGGUUUUUUUUGGUUUUGCUUUCCGGACUUUAAAUCCUACAGGUCAAAUGCUGUUGCGCCAAGCUUCCUCUUGUGAACAUUUUGGUUUUCUGUUUAAUUGCAGAAGGUGUCAGAGGAAUUUUCAGAAAGAAAGUAAGCUCAAGAAUGUUGCUGGGUCUUGAGGUUGGCCUAGUUUUGGUAGGGGAAUGAAGAAGAGCAGGAAGUGAAAGAGGAAGUCGAAGACGAAGACCAACAGGGAUUUCUGGAGAUGGGUAUGAAAAUGCAGCAGAGCAACUACUCUGCGGCUAUGAAGUGGAAUGAGCAAAUGGGAACGACAAAGAAGGGUUACACAUUUGUUCAAGCUAAUAGGGCUUGGCUUAGAAAGUAUCUUCUGUUUUGGAUUAUGGGGAUGGCGUUUAUCAGCAUGUUAAUUUAUAAUGGCAUGGAUGCUGAUAAUAAAGUGAGGAGGAACGAAGUUUUGGGAAGCAUGUGUGAGCAGAGAGCAAGGAUGUUGCAGGAUCAAUUCAGUGUUAGUGUUAACCAUGUUCAUGCGUUGGCUGUUCUUGUUUCCACCUUUCAUUACUUCAAAAACCCUUCUGCUAUUGAUCAGGAAACUUUUGCAGAAUACACAGCCAGAACUGCUUUUGAACGACCUCUACUCAGUGGGGUGGCGUAUGCACAAAGAGUGAUUCAUUCAGAGAGGGAUAUCUUCGAAAAGCAACAUGGAUGGAUGAUAAAAACAAUGAAAAGGGAACCUUCACCAAUUCGAGAUGAAUAUGCGCCAGUAAUAUUUUCUCAAGAAACAGUCUCGUAUAUUGAAUCACUGGAUAUGAUGUCAGGAGAGGAGGACCGUGAAAAUAUUUUAAGGGCUAGAGCAACAGGAAAGGCUGUUUUGACAAGCCCCUUCAGGCUACUGGGUUCUCAUCAUCUUGGAGUUGUUUUGACGUUUCCUGUUUACAAAUCCAAAUUGCCAUCUAAACCAACUGAAGAAGAUCGGAUUGAAGCAACAGCAGGCUACGUUGGUGGAGCCUUUGAUGUUGAGUCACUCGUGGAAAACUUGCUUGGGCAGCUUGCAGGGAACCAGGCCAUUUUGGUAAAUGUAUAUGAUGUCACAAACUCUUCUGAUCCCCUCGUCAUGUAUGGUCAUCAAUAUCAAGAUGGUGACUUGUCUCUUUUGCAUGAGAGUAGCCUUGAUUUUGGAGAUCCAUUCAGGAAGCAUUUGAUGAUUUGUAGAUAUCAGCAGAGGGCUCCCACAUCCUGGACUGCUCUGACUACUGCAUUCUUAUUCUUUGUGAUCGGGUUGUUAGUUGGAUACAUUUUGUAUGGUGCAGCAACUCAUAUUCUGAAGGUUGAAGAUGAUUUUCAUGCGAUGCAAAUACUGAAAGUUCGGGCAGAGGCUGCUGAUAUAGCAAAAUCUCAGUUUCUUGCAACUGUUUCUCACGAAAUUAGGACACCAAUGAAUGGCAUCCUCGGAAUGCUCGCACUGCUUCUGGAUACAGAUUUAAGUUCUACUCAGAAAGAUUAUGCUCAGACUGCUCAGGCUUGUGGAAAGGCACUGAUAGCAUUAAUAAAUGAGGUUCUUGACCGGGCAAAAAUUGAAGCUGGAAAGUUAGAACUGGAAGCAGUUCCAUUUGACAUUCGAUCAAUACUCGAUGAUGUGCUAUCUUUAUUUUCCGAGAAGUCUAGACAAAAGGGUCUGGAGCUGGCAGUUUUUGUUUCUGAUAAAGUUCCAGAAAUUGUUAUUGGAGACCCCGGAAGAUUCAGACAAAUUAUAACAAAUCUUGUGGGUAACUCUGUUAAGUUUACUGAAAGGGGACAUAUAUUUGUUAAAGUGCACCUAGCUGAGCACUCAAAAGGCUCCAUUGACUCAAAAUAUGUCAAUGGAAUAUCUGACAGUGACUUAUUCAUAUCGGGUGGUCGUGACUUUCAAACUUUGAGUGGAUGUGAGGCAGCAGAUGAUCAGAAUGGCUGGGAUAACUUUAAACAUAUAAUAGCUGAUGAGGACUUCCAGUUGAAUGCCACUCCAAACAGCAUGGUAGUUGCCAACGAGGGUUGUGGUCAUGUUACUUUGAUGGUAAGUGUGGAGGAUACUGGAAUUGGGAUUCUCUUACAUGCCCAAAAUCGAGUUUUCAUGCCCUUCAUGCAAGCAGAUAGCUCAACCUCCCGAAAUUAUGGGGGUACUGGUAUCGGCUUAAGUAUCAGUAAAUGUUUAGUUGAACUAAUGGGUGGUCAGAUAAACUUCAUAAGCCGGCCUCAGAUAGGAAGCACGUUUUCCUUCACUGCUGUAUUUGGAAAAUGUAAGAAAAACUCAAUCAACGAUUUGAAAAAACCGAACUCUGAAGAACUUCCCCCCAGUUUUAGAGGAAUGAAAGCCAUCAUAGUUGACAGGAAACAUGUUAGAGCUUCUGUAACCAGGUAUCAUUUGAAGAGACUUGGUAUUAAAGUUGAAGUAACCAGUAGCGUCAACAUGGCAGCUUCUUUAUCCAGAGAAAAUGGAUCCACAAUACCAGGAAACGCAAUCCUUCCAGAUAUGAUCUUAGUUGAAAAGGAUACGUUAAAUUCAGACGAGGAAUGUGGGACCAUUCAUCAAUUGAACUUGAAACUGAACGGGAAUUCGUUUAAGUUACCGAAGUUGAUCCUUCUUGCUACAAAUAUUACUACUGCAGAGCUAGACAAGGCAAAAGCAGUAGGUUUUGCCGACACUGUGAUCAUGAAACCGUUGAGGGCCAGUAUGGUGGCAGCCUGUCUGCAACAAGUACUCGGGGUUAAGAAUCAGAGACGGGGAAGAGGCGUACCUAACGGUUCUGCUUUCCUUCAGAGCCUUCUCUGUGGCAAGAGAAUUUUAAUUGUUGAUGACAAUAGGGUAAACCGUAGGGUUGCUGCAGGCGCUCUGAAGAAAUUCGGUGCAGAUGUUGAGUGUGCAGAUAGCGGGAAAGCUGCUCUGAAGUUGCUUCAGCUACCUCACAAUUUCGAUGCUUGCUUCAUGGAUAUUCAAAUGCCUGAAAUGGAUGGGUUUGAGGCGACUCGUCUGAUCAGGAUGAUGGAGAACAAGGAAAACGAAGGGGAAUCGUAUGCAGGAGAAGGCAAGUGGCAUAUGCCAAUAUUAGCAAUGACUGCAGAUGUGAUUCAUGCUACGUAUGACGAAUGCCUGAAAUGUGGAAUGGAUGGCUAUGUCUCGAAACCCUUUGAGGAAGAAAAUCUAUACAAAGAAGUUGCCAAGUUUUUUAAAAAACCGUAGUCCAUCAAAAGGCUUAAUGCUCUAAAUGCAGACCUCCUUUGGGUGAGUUGGAAGUACCAGCAAGUUUUGACACCAUUGCUGGUGCUAACUGUCUUCUUGACUGGCAUUGAGAUUCAGGUUUAAACCACCCUUAGCGUUUCUAACCAACUAAAUACUUUUAUUUAGUUUAGAAUGUGAGUACUGAGUACCUACCUGUAUACAGAAAUUAUCCAUCCCCAAAUGGAUGUAUAAAUGUUUGUAAGGGGAACGGGAAGCAACUAAAUUGUAAAUUCACAUAUUUUAAGACCUCUUCUAAAAUAUCCUGAUAUACUUGGUUGCCUUAGGCUCUCAUUUUGGCCAAUUGAUGUUGAAAGAACUUCAAAUCAUAUUACAAUAAAAUCAAAUACCCAAAGAGUAAAA